AUGAGUCAAGCUGGAGAGAGAGAAUUCACAAAGCUGCUAUCACCUGCAACUGGUUAUGGUGUCGUAGUCGGUCUUGGAGCCGCAUUCGCGGUGCUUAUGAUCGGUUUCACAUACCUUCAACGUCGAUUUACCAGGUUCGACACUAACAAUGCCUCAGAGUUCGCCACAGCCAGUAGAUCGAUUAAACCGGGUCUUAUCUGUGCUGGUAUCGUCUCAGCAUGGACAUGGAGUGCUACCCUCUUACAGUCCAGCGCGGCAACAUAUCAAUCGGGCUUGAGCGCGGCAUGGUGGUAUGGUGUGGGAGGAACAAUCCAGAUCGGUUUCUUUGCAGCAAUCGCUGCGAAGGUGAAAAUGAACGCGAAUGGAGCUACCACCUUCUUGCAAAUCUGUAAAGCAAGAUAUGGAACUGGAUGUCAUAUCUUGUUUACCUUUUACGCUCUGGUGUGUGCACACAUCGUGGCUGGAUCUCUCGUGCUUGGAGCUUCGGCUACUAUCAACGCCCUGACCGGGGCAAGUAUUGAGGCGUGUAACUUCUUGUUACCGAUUGGUAUCGCUAUCUAUGUCAUAGCCGGUGGUCUUCGAGCAACCUUUAUUUGCGACUUCACACAUACCGUCAUUUUGUUCGUGAUCAUUUAUCUGUUCAUGUUCUCAGCAUAUGCGACCUCUCCUGCAUUGGGUUCAAUCUCUUCCAUGUACAAACUCCUGGUUGAAGCAGCUCAAACAACUCCCGUCGAAGGAAAUGAGCAAGGAAGUUACUUGACCAUGAAGUCCAACUCCGGUAUAUUGUUUGCGGGCUGUACAAUCGCAUCUGGGUUCAGCGGCGUGUUCUGCGACCAGGGAUAUUGGCAACGUGCCAUAGCGAGCAGACCGGAAAGUACCACUCGUGCUUACAUGCUCGGUGGACUUAGUUGGUUCGCGAUUCCAUGGGCGUUUGGAACUACCAUGGGCUUGUCCUCUAGAGCACUGCAGAGUACUCCCGCUUAUCCCACUUACCCUUAUGCACUCAGUGCUAGCCAACAAUCGGCUGGUCUGGUAGCCCCAGCUGCUGCAGUGGCCCUCUUAGGCAAAGGAGGGGCGGUUGCUAUCUUGCUUGCUACAUUUAUGGCUGCUACGAGUGCCGCUUCUGCCGAGCUGAUCGCCGUCUCAAGUAUCGUGGUUUAUGACAUCUUUGGGACUUAUUGGAAGCCAUUGUCAGGUAAACAGGUUGUUUUCUGGUCUCAUCUGGUUAUUGCCCUAGCGGCAAUAUGGUUUGGUGCUUGGUCAUGUAUCUUGCACAAAGCCAAGAUCGAUCUCGGCUGGCUCUUCUACAUUCAAGGAGUGUGUCUCACCCCUGCAGUAGUACCCAUUGGAUUAACAGUCUCAUGGGGAAGAAUGUCCAAAAUCUCGGCAUUCUAUGGCACCAUUUUUGGAACUGUCUGUGGGAUGAUCGGUUGGAUGCUCGGUUGCUGGAAGGUAUACGGAGAGAUCAAUACUGUUAAUCUGGCUAAACCAUAUGCUGCGAUUUCUGGUUCGGCUCCCGGAUUGGUAAUGUCCACCUUGGCCACAUUGAUCCUUGCGUACUUCUUUCCUGGAUCGAAUGACUGGACAGCGACUCGAGCGAUCCAUCAAGCGGAUGAUAAAGCCUCCACUGACAGUAAAGGCGAGCCUGUCUCUGCUCAUAUCGCAUCGGCUCCCAUGCCAGAGAAGAAUUUCACAGAUGAGAAACACCAAGAUGCGAAUUCUACUACUGUUCAAACUGUUGAUGUCAAGGCCGAAUCACCCGGCGAGACAAACGAAACAUAUGAGAGGGAGAUCAUCGAAGAACUUGACCUUGACUUACUACAGAAGGUAUUCGUGAGAGCAUCGGUCAUCUCUAGCUCUAUGGCCAUGAUCAUUACCUUUAUCGUUCCGAUUCCAAUGUUCGCUGCGCAUUAUGUAUUUUCGCUUGGAUUCUUCAAGUUCUGGGUCGUGGCGAGUUUCAUCUGGGUCUUCUUGGCUGGAUCAUUUUGCAUAAUUUUGCCGGUCUGGGAGUCGAGAGUAGAGCUAGUAUCCAUCUGCAAAAGCUUACUAGGUUUCGCCAGAAUCAAGACCAAAACAGGAUACUAG